AAACAAAAUAAGUUACUGCAGGCACAGAUAGAUACAACAAAGAAAUAAUUACAAUGACAUCGAUUGUUGGUGCACCGCCAGCGGGUGUGGCCGCGGCCGUUAGUCCCUGGGAGACGAUCGAAUGGCCGCCAGAGAUUGAGCAACACAUCUACAAGGAUUGGGGAAGCUACUACUCACGCCGGCGCAGAGAGAACUUUGCCAUGCACUACUUUAACAAGGCACUCGAUCUGGAUCCCAAGGACCACAUGACAAUGUACAAACGCUGCCAGAGCAAACGGAAGGCGGCUCAGACUCAGGGCGCGCUGUUGGACAGUCGCGCGGCGGCGAGCAUGGCUCGCACGACGAGUGGCGAAAAGGCUUUCAUUAAUCUGGAAAUCUGUGAUGCUCUGUACGAACUCAAUCAGUUUGAAAACAGCAUGGCCGAGACGCAAAACAACAUUCGCCAGUUUACGGGCAAUAAGACUAAAAGCUUCGAGAAUCGCUUGGUGGUGGUCGAAGAAGUUAUACAAGAUUGUACGGGUGAGGCAUUGACCGCAUUCUUCUCGAAACACCAAAGAACCGUCCAGGUCGUCAACGAGCUGUUCAAGGCCAGUGAAAUAGUGGACAAGCGUCCGCUGUGGAAGGUGUUGAGGGAGCAGGGCAAAUGCGAUGUACUCAGCAUACCCGAGGUGGAGGAGCAGCUCCUCUCACCACUGGAGAUAGCGCGCCGAAAGCGCGCCUUUAAUAUAUUCCAUCAGACAUACCUCAAUGAGUCCUGGGUGGAUGUGGUGUUCAUGAAGAGUCUGCUGAAUAAUCCCGCACUGCUGCUCAGUCAAUGCAAGGAGUCCAACUACUUUCUAAACAAAAUCUCCGUCAAGCAGUACGAGAUUGUGCGGAAGUUUAUGAAAAUGCUGCAAUCGCGUAGUCCCUUGUACUACGAGAACUUUAUCAAGUAUCGCAACAAGCAGUUGUCGGAUCGGUAUCGUGAGUCCUACCUGUACCAUGUACAGUACCAGACAUAUCGCACCAUGAAUGCGGCCCUCAAGCGUGUUCGUGUGCUGCGCAAGGAGCGGCGAGUGAAGACUUUAACCAAAUACGUCGAGGAGGUAAUGGGCGAUUAUGUGGUGAAGAAAACGCAUCGCGUCAUGUGCUGGAAGUUCGAGUUUCUCAAUGAAAUGUACAACACUUUGGGUCUGGCGCUGGCCGAACAACUGAAGCCACCGAAGCGCUUUAGUGUCAUUGGGAAUUCGGCGAUCCUGCAGCUGCUACAUUUGCCCACAGACAAGGUGAUGGAAUUUGUUUCCUUUGUGUUUGGAGAUCGAUCCACGCACGCAGAGCCGGAUCUCUACGAUCCCGCCACCACGAGAGCCAAGAGACUGCAGGCACGCCUCGAGCAUCGCAUGAUCUUUGCCAAGUAUUCCAUCGAAAAGUGUUAUCUGUUUCAUCAGAUCUCCCAAUGCCAUAUGGACCAAGGACACCAUUCGGAGUGCGCAUUUGCUGCACGCAGGGGCGUAAAGGAGUCGGCGAAUUGCAACAGCAAUCUCUGGAAGUUCCUCAAUGUGGUGCAGAUAGUCAAGGCAAAUGCUGUGGUGCACAAGCUAGAACAAACGAAAGACGCACUGGAUGAUGCCCUCCCCAUUGCCAAGGCUCUCAAGUCCAGGGAUUUGGUUUCCUUCGUGGAGCUUUGUAUGGUGUGUAAUCAGGAAGAGUCCGCCACGAAGAAGGCCACUGUGGUCCUGAGUCGUCGUGCCAGCAAGGCCAGUAAUCGCUCUAUGGCCAGCUCCAAGGAGCUCUCAGAAGGCAGCGAUUAGCUUUUGAGGUUUUGUUUAUGGAUUAUUGUUUUUUGUCCUGCAAUAUUUUAUUAGAGGGGCCAGCGAGACUGGUAAUUUUAAAC